GGCGCCGUGUCCCUGCUCCCUCAGUUACAGAAAGUGGCCGCCUCUCUGCUGCUGUCGACCCAAAGCUCACAGACUCACUCGUUGCCUAGACCCGCCAUCUUGGAGUCAGAGAACUGAGAGUCGGCAGCAGCUACGAGAGAGCGCAAAAGGGGGACACGGGGCCAAGGCCUUUCACAUCUUCUGAACUGACAGUUGUGAUUGGAGAUAAUGAGGAUAUUCAUAUCCCACAUUAGAAAGUGAGUAUCCCUACCUAGUAGGGCCUACAGGUCUCAGUCCUCCAUGGCGUCUGGGGCUGGGCAGGCAGAGGCCGGCGAUGGGGCAGCAUGGUCGUCAUCAGGCCUGGCCAAGCCUCUUCACCUUCAGCACCUGGAGAGAUCCCUACGCCUUGACAGCUUCCUCCGCCAGACCGCCUCAGUCUUCAACAGAGACCUAUCCAGUGAUGACAGCGACGAUGACGGAUUAGGGGAGGGGCCUUCUCUGAGGCCGGUCAAUCAGCACGCAGCCUUGGCGAUAAAAGAGGAGUCAUGUGACCUGGAUGAGGAGGGGCUUGUUACCGAGGGCACCACCCUCAACGGAACUCCAUCGCAAGAACACAAGGAAGACAAAGCCAGUCUAUACAACUUCUCCAAACUGAAGAAGAGCAGGAAAUGGCUCAAGAGUAUCCUGUUGAGCGACGACACCAGUGAGUCAGACACGGAGGACUCUGACUUCAGUCUGUCCAGAGAAGAGCUACAGGACAUGCUCAGACUGCACCAGUUCACCAGGGAGCACCAGAACAAGUUCCACAACGACAGAGAGCUGCAGCAGUAUCAGUACUAUAGUACAGGACUGCUCUCCUCCCAUGACCCUUUCCAUGAACAACAGCGCCACCUGCUGGGCCCCAAGAAGAAGAAGAUCAAGGAGGAGAAGAAAUUCAAGGGCAAGUUGAAGAAGGGCAAGAGGAAAAAGAAGAGAGGGGAAGGGGAGUUCUCAGGCGAGGGGCGGCCGCAUGUCACCAAGAUCUUCGCCAAGUUUUCCCAUGACGCCCCUCUUCCCAUGUUGAAGAAGAAACACCUGACCGUAGAGCAGCUGAACGCACGGCGACGCAAAGUCUGGCUCACCAUCGCCAAGAAGGAGUGCCCCAAGGCAUUCAAGCAAAAAGCAUCAGCCAAGAACUUCGUCCUUACCAAUGCCAAAAAGCUGGCCCACCAGUGUAUGCGUGAGGUACGUAGGGCAGCCAUCCAAGCCCAGAAGAACUGUAAAGAAACCCUUCCCCGGGCCAGGAGACUGACCAAGGAGAUGACGCUCUACUGGAAGAAAUAUGAGAAGGUGGAGAAGGAACACAGGAAGAGAGCAGAGAAAGAGGCUCUGGAGCAACGCAAACUGGACGAGGAGCUGAGAGAGGCGAAGCGACAGCAGCGUAAGCUGAACUUCCUGAUCACCCAGACAGAGCUGUACGCCCACUUCAUGGGGGGCAAGGGUCCCGGGGAGGAGGAUGGGGGAGAGGAGGACAUUCUCAACAAGCUGGACGACACCAACUCUCACAGGCAGAUGACCAUCGGGGGAGGGCUGACGGUCAACGUUGGACAGGAGGACUAUGAUAGUGAAUACUACAAGUCUCAGGCCUUAAGGAAAGCUAAAGAAGCCUACGAGAUACACCAGGCCAGAACACGUCUCUUUGACGAGGAGGCUAAGGACAGUCGCUGUGCCUCCCUGCACCAGGCCAGUGGGGGGUCGGGGUCAGGGUUCGGGGAGAGCUACAGCCUGUCUAACCCUUCUAUCCAGGCCGGAGAGGACAUCCCCCAGCCAACCAUCUUCAACGGGAAAUUGAAGGGAUACCAGCUGAAAGGCAUGAACUGGCUGGCUAACCUCUACGAACAGGGUAUCAAUGGUAUCCUAGCAGAUGAGAUGGGCCUGGGGAAGACUGUCCAGAGCAUCGCUCUGCUGGGUCACCUGGCUGAGCGGGACAACAUCUGGGGUCCGUUCCUCAUCAUCUCUCCUGCCUCCACACUGAAUAACUGGCACCAGGAGUUUACACGCUUUGUCCCCAAAUUCAAGGUUCUGCCGUACUGGGGGAACCCUCACGACCGCAAAGUGAUCAGGAAGUUCUGGAGCCAGAAAACCCUGUACACCCAGAAUGCUCCGUUCCACGUGGUGAUCACCAGUUACCAGCUGGUAGUUCAGGAUGUCAAGUACUUCCAGAGGGUCAAGUGGCAGUACAUGGUUCUAGAUGAAGCCCAGGCCCUAAAGAGCAGCACCAGUGUUCGUUGGAAGAUCUUGCUGCAGUUUCAGUGUAGAAACAGACUGUUGCUCACUGGGACGCCCAUACAGAACACUAUGGCAGAGUUGUGGGCCCUGCUCCAUUUCAUCAUGCCUACGUUGUUUGACUCUCACGAGGAGUUUAAUGAAUGGUUCUCUAAAGACAUCGAGAGCCAUGCAGAGAACAAGUCUGCCAUCGACGAGAAUCAGCUGUCCAGGCUCCAUAUGAUCCUGAAACCCUUCAUGUUGAGGAGGAUCAAGAAGGACGUCGAGAACGAGCUCUCUGACAAGAUUGAGAUCCUAACAUACUGCCAGUUGACGUGUAGACAGAGGCUGCUCUACAGAGCUCUGAGGAACAAGAUCUCCAUCGAGGAUCUUCUCCAGUCGUCUAUGGGCUCAUCUCAGCAGGCUCACAGUACUACCUCAUCCCUUAUGAACCUGGUCAUGCAGUUCAGAAAGGUCUGUAACCACCCGGACCUGUUUGAGCGCCAGGAGACUCGUUCUCCCUUCCACAUGUCACUGAGACCCUACGUCAUGUCCAAGUUCCUCUACCGCCACGGACUCACACACACCACCACGCACACACACAGCAGGAACAAGGUGCUCCAGGUUCUACUGUCUCCCUUCUCUCCUGAUCAUAUCCACCAGUCCCUCUUCCACAGGAAAGGUGAUCAGGAAGGAAGUUGUUUCUCCUUCCUGCGUUUCAUCGACGUUUCGCCGGCAGAGAUGUUUAACGUCAUGCUGCAGGGCACUCUGGUCAGGUGGUUAGCUCUGUUUCUCUCCCUGAAGGCAGCGUACCGGCUCUACCAGAGACGCAUGUGGGGCCUGGAAGAGGAGGAGGGUGGAGGGAGGACAGGAGGAGGAGGAGAGGAGGAAGGGAGCGGGAGGCCCAGGAGUCAGUGUCUUUCUCGGAGGGGUCUGAUCCUCUGGCUGGACCGACCUACUGCUUUCCCCAACACACACACAAGCACAGUGUUACAGAACCUGGUAUUCACCCGUCACAGCCCAGGUCUGAUGGGUCACUGUGAUGUUCUGGUCCACAGUCGAUGCUCUGCCAACUCCACCACCCUACGACCGGGCCAACCCACACAACCACCCAAGUUCCUGCUCACCGCUGUGCCAAGGGUUACGGCAGUUCCCAUGGAGCGGUACUGUGACGACCGCAGCGCUGAGUACGAGUGGCAGGAGACGAGGGCCGGAGGGGGCACGGCCGCCAAGCACUGCUUCCUGUACGGCUCCCUUGAUCUGGCCUCUGAUUGGAUGUCCCGAGCCAACACUUUCUACCCACGAUGCCCUGGGGGAGUGAUGGCGCUCUACCCCCGGCAUGGCUGGUCCUACAUCAGAAUACCAGACAAGGAGACCCUGAUCACGGACAGUGGGAAGCUGCACACUCUGGAUCUGCUGCUGUGUCGCCUGAAGACUCAGGGACACCGCGUCCUCAUCUACUCCCAGAUGACUCGCAUGAUCGACCUGCUGGAGGAGUACAUGGUGUAUCGUAAACACACCUACAUGCGCCUGGACGGCUCCUCCAAGAUCUCAGAACGCAGAGACAUGGUGGCUGACUUCCAGAGCAGGACUGACAUCUUUGUGUUCCUCCUGAGUACGAGGGCUGGAGGUCUGGGCAUCAACCUGACUGCUGCUGAUACUGUGAUCUUCUAUGACAGUGACUGGAACCCUACAGUGGACCAGCAGGCUAUGGACAGAGCUCACCGCCUGGGUCAGACCAAGCAGGUCACUGUGUACCGUCUGAUCUGUCAGCUCACUAUAGAGGAGAGGAUACUGCAGAGGGCCAAGGAGAAGAGUGAGAUCCAGAGGAUGGUGAUCUCUGGGGGGAACUUUAAACCAGACACCCUGAAGCCUAAAGAGGUGGUCAGUCUACUGCUGGACGACGAGGAGCUGGAGAAGAGACUGCGCGUUCGUCAGGAAGAGAAGACACAACAGGAGGAGUGCAGCAAGGUGAAGGACCGCAGGAGAAAGAGAGAGAAAUACGCUGACAAGAGAAAGAAGGAUGACGAGGACCCUAAGGAUCCUAAGAGGAGGAAAGACGUGAACCUGGUCAUCCCUUACAACCUGUCUGCAGACAACUCUAACCUCUCAGCCGACGGAGAUGAUUCAUUCAUCAGUGUAGACAUGGACGACUCUGCCAUGCCUAGUCCCUUCAGUGAGAUCUCUCUGAGUAGUGAGCUCCAGCCCAGCUCCCUACCUCCAGACCAGGACCCAGAUCAGGACCCAGAUCCAGACCAGGAUGAGAGCAGUAGUGACAUGCUAGUCAUCGUAGACGACCCUGUGUCUUCAGCACCACAGUCCAGGGCCACCAACUCGCCUGUCAGCGUGUCCGGAUCUAUGUCGGACAACAUGAACGGUGUGUCUAAUCAGGACACGUCCAGUCCGGGGCGGGGAAGGUCUGGUAGGAGCCGGGGACGACCCAAAGGCUCUGGGUCCAGUUCUGGAGGCGGAGCCAAGUCUGCAGGGAAGGGGCGUGUCAGGAAGUCGACAGCGGGCAGCGCAGCCGCCAUGGCAGGAGCGAUGGCCGGAGCUGCAGCAGCAUCAGCAGCCUACGGAUACAGUGUGACUAAAGCGGGUCUCCCUGCAGCCUCCCCCCUACAGCCGUCUCUGGGUCGGUCAGGGACGGCCCCAGCCUUCUCCCCCAGCAGAAGUUCCUCUCCCAAGGGGAAAGGUGGCACUGUGGCCCCCAGCCAGAGUAACCCCCAGCAGAAACAACCAGGACAUAGCCACCACCACAGUCAUGUGACAGGAAGGAAGGGCAAGGGACCUGGCGCACCUGGCGCUCGAUAGCAUGUAGAGAUGAUGGACAUCAACACAGUAUACACACACACACACACACACACACACACAGUCCUAAGGAUCUGAUAGAGACCAGGAUGGUCCAGCCCUUCUGCUAUUGUGGGGAGUCUUCUGUGUUUUAAACAAACACAUCUGCUGCACUGACCAGCUUCAACUGUGAGCCCAUGUGACCUGCUCCACAACCAAUCAACCCAGAGGUGAGAUGUUCCUUAACCAAUCACAUACCUCACUGCCUGGAGGACCAUGCUAUCCCGGGAAGGCGUAGCGACGGAAAAAAAUGAGCACUGUCGGGCAUGAUGGACACUAAACUAUUCUGUGUACACACACACACACAAACCAUCAUCGCACGGUCCAAAAGACACCCUCAUCGCUUCCACCAAUCACCUCGUCCUUCCCUUCCACCAAUCACCUCGUCCUUCCCUUCCAACAAUCACCUCGUCCUUCCCUUCCAACAAUCACCUCUUCCUUCCCUUCCAACAAUCACCUCUUCCUUCCAUUAGUACCCUCCUCAGUGGACAGCCUCCAGUGUGUGUGUGUGUGUUGUGACCAAGAGUAUUAGAGUAUUUCAAAGUGGUUUCUCUGUGACGAAAAUAGACUUGGUUUUCUGUCUAAAUACGGAGAAGCGACUAGCCUGAGCAGCGACCUGUCAGUGGUGUAUUGAGAGCUCUGUCUCCAGCAGCCUGUCAGUGGUGUAUUGAGAGCUCCUAUGACACUCAGUGGGUUUGCAAUAAAACGCCAGCAGACAGACGGGCGCUCGGGCUUUAAGGCAACACCUUACAGCAACAAUGCAUCCACGCAUUUAAGGGUUUCUGACACAGACUGCUCUCUCCACUGAGCCAUCUCAUCCGUUAGAUAAAACACGUGUUUAGCGUCAGGUCGGGAAUGCUUGCGUCAAACGUUAGGUCAUAUGUGUAAAACACGUAGUAAUGCUGGAACUACUCUACUCUGCAUUUCAACAACAGAAUGUAAAUUCUUACCAAACAACUAAAAACGGACUGCUUUUUUAAUUAUAGCUCUUAUUUUUAUAUUUAUAGACCAACCGAUGUUGUCAUAGCGACCCAUAUCAAAAUGGCAAAUUUGAAUACCGUUUUGAAAAAAAAACCUCUCUCUCUCCUUUCUCCAUAGAGUUUAUCCCAUCACAAUGAGAAAUGAAGGAAUUAUAAUAUAUUUUUUCUGAUGAGAACUGAUUGAAGGGGUAUUUUGAAUUCCAAAGUGGUGAUCACUGCUUAAUAAAGAUCUGUUGCUGAUCUGUUUGUGUACAACUCUCGUGUGCUUCUGAAAUGACACCCUGUUCACUGUACCGUGCCCUACUUUUUGAUUCAACUCUGGCCAAAAGUAGUACACUAUUUCAGGAAUAGGAUGCCAUUUCAGUUGCAACCUAAUAUGGGCGUCCUUUAAAACUGAACAUGGAUUGUAAUAUGUACCAUAGAACUGAAGUUAAUUUAAAAGUUGGUCAUAAUUUAUCAGAAUUCAUGUCAACAUUGUAAAAAAAAAAAAAAAUGUAUUAAUGCCAUUUUUAUUUUUAAAAACAGAAAGAGAAAAAAAAAAAGUUAUACUUCUGAUCAGAGUAUUUUGUCUUUGUGAUGUCAUUCAGUGAUGUUUUGGGGUAUGUUGACUCAUGUUAAUUAAAAGUUGUUGAACUAGGGUUGCCAAAUCCUGGUAACUUUUCCACAUUUCCCCGAUUUUUAUUUUUUUAUUUAUUUUUUUUCCCCAGAAGUACCGGUUGGAGGGUUCUCUGAAUUUCUGCUUUGUCAUUCCCUCGUAAGGAUUUCUAGAAAACCGGGGAAAGUUUGGGAAAGUUAGCGUAAUUGUGCAACCCUAUGUGGAACCAAGCACUAUGUCUAGUUUUGAACGUUUGUUCUGUGUUGGAUACUAUAGUGUGAUGAUGAAAUCUCUUCUCCUAUAACAUGUAAAUAAAGAGGGCGACAUGUGUUGACCCCUGGUCGGUUCUUCCCCCAGUUUGACUGUCUAUUUUUAUAGGUCAUGUGUAAAUAUGAAUACAAAGCUGUCAUUUUACUAACCGGAGAAGCUAAUUCAAAAUAAAAGAUUGAUUAAUCAA